CCAGGCUGGACAGGCUGUAGGAGUGCCUGGGAGAGGCGUGCUCUGUGUAGGGCUGCAUUCCCCUGGCUCUGGGACUCACUGGAGAGGGCGCAGGGAGAGGUAAGAGGCAAUGCUUCCUGGACAUUCACCCACUGUGUGCAUGAAGGGGUUAACUUAUCAAUGAGGAGCUCACAAGGCAAGUAACUUCCCAUCACAUUAACCCCUGCUGUGCCAAGUGGGAAAUCAGGAUCUGGGAAAUGGACUAACCUUUACACAAUAAAACCCCAGAACUGGGAGUGGGUCCACAGACAGGAAAUACACUGUGCAUUGUGUUUAUUGUUAUUAAAUUUAAUAAUCUCUUCCAGAUUCCAAUUCUUCAUCUUUACACCCCACCCCCCCCUGCAUCCCUCUUACAUCAGCAAUGCAGGGUUUAUCUCCCCCUCCCCAGCAGAGUGUGUAAUUAAUGCUGCAUGCAGUAUGCUACCGUAUGUAUUUAUAGACUGGCUGAUAAGUAUUUCACAGCAUGAUGUACAUACAGUCCUGGACACACACUGGAAGGUGACUAAGAUCCAUUAAUUCCAUUCUGCUCACAGUAUGGUGUGUAUGACCUUGGGAGCUGCUGUCCUCCUCAUCUGCUGAUCAAGAGACUUGGAUACAUUGACAAAAACUUCAUACUCCCUAUUCUAAUGUCACUGCUAUAUUUCUAAAAAUGGGGGAGAUCUAUUUUGGCAAAUUUCUAAAUAAGGUCCAAUCACCAUGGAAACCAUGAGGACAUCCCUCAUCAUUUAUCACUUUGCACUCCAUGCAGCCUCUUAUUUUGAUUUGAAAAAUCCUCGCUAUAAUCUCUUGAAGCUAUGACAGAAUGCAAUUUAGCAGCUGUCACCUUUUAGCAGUGAUUAUAUAUUCAGAAUAGUUUGUCUUCUCUGGAAAAUUAUAUUUGAUUUAUUUUUCAAGAUAUACAGGAUAGUAAAUGGACAAAUAUUAGAGAGAGAACUCAAUUACGAGUUGUUUGUUUUAUUCAGUGAUUAUGUGUAUUUUAAAAAAGCGUUAUUUAGAUCAAUGUUUUGUUACAUAUUGACAUUGCGGUGCUCAGUCAAUUCUUGUAGUGUCUGCACUGUGUACAAAAUAUUGCAAAAAUAAUGUGAGCAGUCACAACUUCCUAUGUCCUUCCUGUGUAUAAAAAUAUCUAUCAGACUUUUUUUCUGCUUACCGUACGUUUGCACAGAUAUUUCUAAGGGAGUUAUUCACUAAAUGGUGAAUUGACAACUCCGCAAUCAAAUGUUUUCUGUAGUUGUUUUAGUGAGUUUUCUUUUCUUGCAAAUGGUUGUCAUAUGAUGAGGAAAUAUAUAUCUGGAGAGUUUGUUUAUGAUGACCUGUACAUUUUACAAUAAAUGGAGACUAAUAACUAAAUUGACUGUACUUCCCUGAAUAGUGAAUGGCUUAGAAUUCAGAAGGAAUUUAAUAUGUUUGGCAAAAAUAGCAGCUUCGAGUACAUAAGUGAUUUGAAGAGUGUCCUAUUUUGUCCUGUUAUUGCCUAGCUUUUUAAAUUCGCUUUUAAGUGAAUUGUGGAGAAGGGGCUUGCAAAUUUUAUAUCAAAAUAGCCGGAUAAGAAAAAUGUAUGCAUUUUCAGUUUCUUCAACAAUAUUUCACAUCAACUUCACCCUGUUAAGUAAAUAACUCCUGGUGAUUUUCCUUUUUGUUUACCCAUUUUAAUUCUUUAAUUCCAGCAGUAAGUCAUUAGAGUUAAUACAAAGGAGAAAUCCUUUUUAAAUAUUAAACAAGUAAAAAAUAAAAUAAAAUCAGCAUUUAUUUAUUGUAUAUGUUAUACUCUGCAAGGGCACUUGAAUACUCUUUUCCGUGGAUGUUCGAUAUGAUGCAUAUCUGCACCAAAUUGUAUAUUGAGACCCAAAGUAACAGUUACUGUUUAUUGAGUAAGCCGCAGAAUAAGCACUACACGUCACUGAUCCUUCUGUGAACUACAGUGCAGAUAUAAUUGAAUUUGGAAAGAGAAGAGGUCAAAAUAACUGACUUAGACAACAUCUUAAUUGCCAGAUUGUCUAUGGUGGCCUUUGUUUUUUUCAAAGUCCAUUUUCUAUUUGUGGAUUCAUGAAUACACCCCUCGGAGGUUGCUAUGGGUAUAGAAUAAGGGCUAUUAUUGUGUUCUACCUGGGCAUGAAAGCUUAGUCAGCGCUGAUGUCUAAGUCUAAACUGUUGUGGGGUCCAGAUGUGCCUUUGUUAUUACUAACCUGAUGGAUUCUCUCCUGUCGUUUCACUGCAUUGUAGGGGAGCAAAGUGCAUUAUGUAAAGUAUCGAGGGUACGUUAUCUUUUGGAUACUCCUUCCUUGGAGUACGGCAGCUGAGAAUCAUGGAUGAAGCCGCUUAUUCCCUGGGGAUCGCUGAUAUUUCCUACCUGCAUAAUCUGGGUGAUUAUACAAGUGGAAGGUGGAAGAACAGCACAGAAGAAUGGGUGAGUGAAUAAGACAGAUUUGUGUCCUAAAGUGAAUUUCAAAUUUAAAGUCAAAAUAGCCAACAUGGAAAAAUUCUCUAGGUCGCAUACUGUGGCCUUAAAUUUAGAAUUCUUACUUCAGUAAAUAAAUCCUGUUUGUUCUUGAGCUGCUGUUGCAGCAUGUGAAGACCUUUCCCUAGAGGUUUGUGCUGGGUUGGCCACCUACGCUUUUCAGAGAAUGAAAUAAAUUGCCUUUUUUACUACCAUUUUUGUGAUCUGUGCUUUUUUCAAAUAUGUGGAGUUUAUUCGCCAAACCAUUAUGUAUAGAGCAUUUUUGAAAAAAAAAAAUGUAGAUUUCAAGUCCAAAUAACCAAGCUGACUUGCAGAGCAAUUCCAGGUCAGUGGUUUUCACAUGAAGUUUAAAAUUCUCCCUUAGAAGCUCUUCAUUAUCUUCAUUAUUAUUAAUAUUGAUAUAUUUUAUGAGUAAAAACAAGACAAAAGGAAACAAAUAGAAUCUUUAUGUAAACCAUUUUUUAGUCAUUGUAUAAAAAUAAGACAGAGUGUUUGAUGUUUAUUUAUCUCCCUGGUUUACCCAGAUGAGUAUUUUGCCCAGCUCUCUGUUUACCCUCCCAUUUGCUAUUACUGGUUAGUUUUGGAUACGGCCCCUCUUUAAAUAUUAACUCCUGGAGAAGUUACAGAAUAGUGAGACCAUUUUCUGGCUCCAGAAUUAUUGUAAAUGUCACUUGGAUUAAUGCCCUCUAGUAAUGCUGGAUGUACUAUUUAAAAUAGGAAAACCCCCCAAAAGUAAGCGAUUUUUAAAUGUCAAACACUGGAGCCAGUCCAAUGUAUUUUGUCAUGUCAGAGCGCCUGAGCUUUGAUGCCUUGGAAUUGUAGCUUUUUAGAGUAAAUAAAAGCCAGGUAGCCGAUUUAAAAUACACAUUUCUUAUAAAAAAAUUCUCGUACUUUAUUCUUGUGAGUGCACAUACCCUAAGCCUGGUAUCUGAAUUAAAUGGUUACUCUAAGCACCCUAACCACUUCUGAUUUUAAGUUGUUGUGGUGCCUGGAGUCUGUCUGUGCAGACUUUCACUAUGAUACGUUCUACAUACUGAAUUUAACUUCCCUGCUGCCUGGAUGUAACUCCACCUCCAGCCAUGCUAUUGGUGCAUCAUUAUCUGGUCCGAAACAAGAGGUCUGGGCUUAGUAAUGUGAAUUCUGUGCAAUUUUGACUUCUUAUGUCUGCACACACAACAUACUGGAGACAGGCGUCCAGCGGCGGCACGGCCCCCCUCUGUGUCACCCAUGUCCUCCCCUCAGCCUAGCUUCCCUGACAUCCAUGCCCCCCAAACAAGAGGAGUAACGUCAGAGGAAAAUCAGGCUGCAGGGAGUAAAUAUUAGCUAUAUACUUUAGUUUACAUUUUUAUAACUUUUUUGGUGGUAGGUGAUGUGGAACAGUAUAGAAAGGGUUACUAAGAAAAUGUGAUUUCCUAAAAGAAUAGAGUUAUUAUUUAUUUUUAUUUUUUUUCUAUACGUCUAUUUGUUUUAAUGUUUAUUACAUAUUUGGUGAAUACGCUCCUGUAUAGUGCAUGUCUGCAUUACGAUAAAAAACUUAGGUUUUAGAAUAUAAAAAAAGAACAUUUGUUAUCCGUGCCGAUAUUAAGCCAUUUAAAGACCACAUUUUCUGAUAUAAUAACAUGCUUUUUUUUUUUUGUGUGCUUUCUUCAUCACUGCUCUAACAUUAUCAGUAUGUACUGCUGCUGUUACAUACAAAAUAAGACCCAUAAGGUACAGAGUCUAAAAGAAUAUUUGCAAAGCAAAUGAAGUAGGCCGUUUCCAAGUCCUAUUCACUAGCUGUAUUAUUUAAUACCAUUUGGGAUCAGUAGUAAAUUAUACAAUUUUAAUUUAAAAAAAACUUCAGUAACUUCAACCAAAGAUUUCUGUAGCUGAAGGCUGACAAGAUCCAUCGGGUCUCUAAUCUACAUUUAAUGAACUGGUUCUAUUCCAGGGUGAGCACAUUUCCAGUCCUGCUGUAUUUCGAUCCGCGACGCUGAACUGGAAAGAGACUCUGAUGAACAGAAAGCGUCCGUUUGUGGGCCGAUGUUGCUAUGUCUGCAGUCCUGUAAGCCGGGUAAGAUGAUUACAAGCAGACUGUGGUCAGUGAUGCAGUAUUAUCUUGGUAAGAUUAACGCUUCAGGUGUUAUAAUCACAGAACCAAGGUCACGUGUCUGUGUUCACACAUUUGUAUCUUGUGUGUUCCAGACCUUUGCAUAUACAUAGAUCAAUGGGUGUCAUUAAUAGCCUAUAUACAUCAUAAUGUCCCAUCUUUUUACAUUUUUACAUGGUUUGAAUUGUAUUGCAGCAAAAGUUUUGAUUUGCAGAAAAAGAUUUACAGUUACACCUGGUAUCUGCAGUAAAACUGUCUAAGUUAUAGAAUAUGUAUUAUAAAUAUUAUUUUUAUAUAUAUUCCAAUAGUCCUCGGCACUCACCCCUUCAGUUUUUUGAGCCUCGGUGCAGCCAGCGUACUAUAUUCAAUAAGCAGAGAGGUGCACUCGUAGGUCUUUAUCCAAUAGUAUUCAUUCAAGUAUAAAGUCUUUAUUCAAGUCAAGUAUCAAGACUUUAUACUUGAAUGAAUACUAUUGAAUAAAUAUCACUUGUAUCAAGACCUACAAGUGCACCUCUCUGCAUUUGAAUGUAUGCAUGUAUUUAUACCUACUUUAAAUGGUCAUAAUUUGAAAGUUUUUCUUAAAGAUACUUCUAAAACUCAUAAUUGUUAAUCAGAAUUUUACUGAAAUUCCACUGCUAACAAAAUAUACUCAUGAAUACAAAGUACAAAGUACUUUUUCUCAUAUAGUACCAGAGUUUAUGGCUGAUCUUCCUUGUUAAUCCCAAUUUAUUGCAUAAGUGCAAGAUUUUCACUGGAAGAUCUUGCGGUCUCCUUUAGGGUGGUGGCGGGUGGAUCUUUAACAAUGCAAGGUUCCUAAAAGUGACAGUGUCUUUUUAACAAUGCCAGCGUUAUUGUCUAAACAUAGAAUAUUGAAAGAUUAAAUCCAAAAUUGAAGCCAAACUAGCCAAAUGGGGACUAGAGCGAGGAGGAUGAAUAUUUUCAGAACCGCUUUUUUAGCCUCAGUUUUGCAAUUCAGAUUUAAGCCUCGAUUUAGUAUUGUUGGAUAAGAAUUUUAUAUGAUUUUAAUAUUUUUGGAUAAACUUUUAAAAUAAUUGUUCAAUAUAUUAAGAUGUAAAAAAGUACAUCAUGUAGGAAAAAAGUUAUUAAAAUACAUUAAAACAUCAAAAUAUUAUUUUUUUUUUUUUACAUUUUAUUCAUAAUAAUUUUAUAAGUUUAUCCAAAAUAAUGAAAUAUUUUCAAAACCUUAUCCAACAAUUUUAAAUCGAGGCCUUCAUUUGCUAAAAUUUAGAGUUUAGAGCCUAACCCCGUGUAGCUCUUGGUGUGGUAUACCCUCCUCUUUUUUAGUGAGAAAGUAGAUAGCCAGUCCUUGCUCUCUCAGUGAAAUUAAUAUGAGAAGCACUGUGUGUACAUAUGUGGAUGAUGUGACAUGCACACUUUUAAGAAUUCUCAAUAGGAGCUGCUCGCUUGUGCACAGCAUUCAUUGAAUCGAUUCUCAAUUGUGUAGUCCAUGAAUGAUUAAUUCCCAUAAUUAUUAAGAAAAAGGCUUGUGUAUUACAGCUGUGUACUUUCUAUAAUAAGAAUAGCUUCAUGUAGGUGAAUCAAAUCUUAUUUACCAGCAUUUAGCACUCCCAGCUUCAUUACAACAUAUAGGUUUUUUUUUUUUUUUAUUACUGCAGCAAUUCACCAAAUAUAUACUUUCACAUAUUUGUUCGUGUGCAAAUUAAUCUUCUACACUUGUUCCAAGAUUGCUAAUAUGCAAAAUGCAGGCAACCUAUUUAUACACUGCUUUAUUUUAGUAAUGAAAGAAGUGCUUUGCAGGAUGAGAACUCUGUUAGCAACUUACCGAGAAUCAACAUUUACAGCAGCCUGGAUCAGUUGUUUCUUGUUAGGAAAGCAUCAUGGGAGCUGUAGUUCACCCCCAGGUUUUAUUUUAGUUUAUUAUUUUUAUAAUUUAUACUGAAUUGCAAAAUCUAGGCAAAUGUUGCUGGUGUUGCUCACAGUUUGUGUAGUUUGUUAACAUUCCUACCGCUUUUUGCUUCAGAGGCUUAACGUGGAAAUAAAACCAAACUUAUUGUCUGUUUCUGCAGGAAAAGUUUUACAACCCCAGCAUCCCAUCUUUGGGUCUGCGGAACGUUAUCUACAUAAAUGAAACGCACACAAGGUACGCAGUCUGUUGGAUUAUGUUCAUUAACUCCUUAGUGACUGAUCCUUUUCCGAAAUUCUGUGCAUUUAUGAGGCCUUUGGACACUUUUGUUGCCUGUUUGCACUCUACCCACCACAAUUUCCAAGUUCUAGUGUGUUGGAAAGUGGACAUGGGUCAGAUCAUUAUAAAGUGAAUAUUCAUUGGGUGCUGUCAAUGAUGUUUGUUUAAGGGUUCUCCAACCACCAUGACCACUUCUGGUUUUAGAAGUUGUCGUGGUGGAAGGAGUCUGUAUGUGCAGCUUUUUUUGCACUUUUGUGCUGGGGGCUAGUUACACCCCUGGCACACACGACUAAUGUCAAUUCUGUGCAAACUUUAAGGAGCUUCUCUGUUGCUCUAACCGUCCUCAGCAGUCCGUCCCGACUUCCACCAUUGUCUGUUUCUUGGUUUUUGUUUACAUAUUCUUUUAUAAAUCCCAUCUCCUGUACACUUCUUCCCUCCAUUCCCUAUCCGCACAUGCUCUCUCAGCCGAGCAGAUGGUGCAACCAAAUGCUUCUCUAUGACCACGAUCAGACGCCACUGAUGUCAAUCCUUUAAUUUUAUUAUCAUUAAACUAAAUUUGUUCCUGCCACGUUUGGUAUUGUUCAGAAUUCUGACAUUACAUGUGUAUGUGUGUGAUGCCAUGUAUCAAUUCGUUUUUUUGUUUAAUUACUUUUUAGACUGAGAAUACAACUAAUGAGGUCAGAUGGCUCCCCAGAAAAAGGGUGGCGCUGUACCCCACUGGCUACAGCGCUUCCCUUUUUCUGGGGAGCCGUCUGACCUCAUUAGUUGUAUUCUUUGUCUAUUUGUAUAAUUAGAGUUAAGCCCUUUAUACCUCUGUAACCUACCCCUGGCAAGAGAGUAGGUUUCCUUACAUCUGUGGCCAAGAAGUGUGUGUUUUUCUUUUUUGUCGUACUUUUUAGACUGGUAUGGGACUGCUUACAUAUGUAAGCACCUGGUAGUGUUUGGCAUGAUCAUUUAUACUAGGGGUAUAUUGUGUUUUCCAGGCACCGCGGCUGGCUCGCUCGUCGCCUUUCUUAUGUACUUUUUGUACAGGAACGAGAUGUAAACAAGAGCAUGUUCUGUAGUAACAUGGCCGAAAUGGUGCUGAAUCAAACCAGGUAAUAACCGGAGGUGUCACAGUAAAAAUUUCAUCAUAAUGCAAAGGUUUUUUUUUUUUUUUUUUUUUUUAUGCUGGAACUAAUCAAAUAAUUAUUUUAUCUUACUAUACAUUGCUCCUAAACAUCCAAGAAAGCAUGAUAUUAUAAACUCCACAAGGCUAAUUCUUAAAACAUUUCACUUCAGCCCUAGAAAUGCCUGUGAAUUCAAUAUAAAUUCUUAUUAAGACAUUUCAUCUACACCUGAUCUCAUGUAAGCCAGAUAAACAUGCACAUCAUAUGCAAAUGCUUUCUGUAAUUAACUGUAUGUUCAGAAUAUGGCUCUGUAGCAAUAUAAUCUAAACAUGCUGUAUGGUGCUACAGUAUUGGAGUUCCAUACUCUUCUCUUGCUUAAAGGACAAACCAUGUAACAGUAGCCACUUGGCCAUAAACACAUGGGAUCUAACAAUGCUUUUGGUUCAGGCCCUAGGGAGCUAUUUACAAAAACUCUCUCUUGGAUGCUCUUACAAAACAAAACAAAAAUUGUAAUGAAUUAAAAAAUGUUUUGCAAAAUUUAGGAAAAAGGGUUGGUUUGGAAAAAUUAUUUGGCUCAUACACCUACAUACACCUACAUUUUGCAGUUCGGUUUUUAAUUUCCUCCGAUUUGCUCAAUAACCUGUCCAUGGAGCUUUGAGCUUAUUAGAUUUAUGUGGCGAUCAACAGAACGUGGAACAUGGUUCUGCUAUGUCCGGUCCCAGGUGGGUGGAGAAGUUGCUUUAUUUACAUAGUUACAUAGUUACAUAGCUGAAAAGAGACUUGUGUCCAUCAAGUUCAGCCUUCCUCACAUUUGUUUUUUGCUGUUGAUCCAAGAGAAGUAAAAAAAACUCAGUUUGAAGCACAAUUUUGCAACUAGCUAGGAAAAAAAUUCCUCCUUGACCCCAGAAUGGCAGUCAGAUUUAUCCUUGGAUCAAGCAGUUAUUACCCUACAUUGAAAGAUUAAAUCCUUGAAUAUUCUGUUUUUGCAAGUAUGCAUCUAGUAGCUGUUUGAACAUCUGUAUGGACUCUGAUAAAACCACUUCUUCAGGCAGAGAAUGCCACAUCCUGAUUGUUCUUACAGUAAAAAAACCUUUCCUUUGCCUUAGAUGAAAUCUUCUUUCUUCCAGUCUAAACGCAUAACCUCGUGUCCUAUGUAAAGUCCGGUUUGUGAAUAGAUUUCCACACAAUGGUUUGUAUUGGCCCUGAAUAUAUUUAUAUAAAGUUAUCAUAUCUCCUCUCAGGCAACGUUUUUCUAAACUAAAUAGGUUUAAAUUUGUUAACCUUUCUUCAUAGCUGAUAUGUUCCAUUCCUUUUAUUAAUUUUGUAGCCCGCCACUCCACUUUUUCUAGUGCCAUAAUAUCCUUCUUUAGAACAGGUGCCCAAAAUUGCACAGCAUAUUCAAUAUGUGGUCUUACCAGUGAUUUAUAAAGAGGCAAAAUUAUAUUCUCGUCCCGAGAAUGAAUGCCUUUUUUCAUGCAUGACAAUACCUUACUGGCCUUGGCCACUGCUGAUUGACAUUGCACAUUGUUGCAUAGUUUGUUGUCUAUAACAAUUCCCAAGUCCUUUUCGUAUGUUGUUAUCCCUAUUUCGCUUCCAUUAAGGGUAUACGUUGCUUGUGUAUUCUUUACACCGAAAUGCAUAACUUUGCAUUUUUCAACAUUAAAUUUCAUCUGCCAUUUGAGUGCCCAGUCUAUCGAAACCCCUCUGCAGCAAAGUAAUAUCUUGCUCACAUUGUAUUAUUUUACAAAGUUUUGUGUCAUCUGCAAACACUGAAACAUGACUUUCAAUGCGGUCUUCAAGAUCAUUUAUAAACAUGUUAAAUAGAAGGGGUCCCAGAACAGACCCCUGAGGGACACCACUUAACACCUCUGUCCAGCUUGAAAAUUUACCAUUGAUGACAACUCUUUGUACUCUGUUUUUAAGCCAAUGUUGUACCCAAGAACAAGCAUUUUCAUCUAGACCAAUUUCCUUGAGUUUUAACACUAAUCUAUUGUGUGGAACUGUAUCAAAUGCCUUGGCAAAAUCCAAAUAGAUUACAUCCACUGCAACUUCUACUUACGUCUUCGUAGAACGCAAUCAAGUUAGUUUGACAUGACCUGUGCUUCAUAAAACCGUACUGAUUUUUGCUGAUAACCAUGUUCCAAUCAAGGAAUUCUUGAAUGUUAUCCUUUAAUAACCUUUCAAAUAUUUUACCAGCCACAGAAGUUAAGCUCACAGGUCUAUAAUUUCCAGGCAAGGAUUUUGAACCCUUUUUGAAUAUAGGAUCCACAUCUGUCUUCCUCCAAUCCUCCGGAACACUUCCUGAAAGAAAAGAAUCUUGAAAGAUUAAAAACAGAGGUUCACUUAUUUCUACACUUAGUUCCUUAAGUACACGUGGAUGGAUACCGUCAGGCCCUGGAGCUUUGUUUAUAUUAACUUUCUUUAGUUGCUGCAGCACCUUGUCUUAAGUUAACCAAUUACAAUUAUUCUGCAAGUUUUUAUUAGCAAUCAUUUGCACAUCUAUUGCCAUGGGUUCUUCCUUAAUAUAUACGGAGGAGAAAUAGUUAUUUAAAAUUCCUGCCUUUUCCUGGUCUUCAUUAACUAACACCCCCAUUUCAGUUUUUAGUGUACCUACACUUUCAUUUUGUUUUGUUUUUUAGAAUUUAUGUACUUAAAAAAGCUUUGAGGUUGGUUUUGCUCUCUUUAGCUAUCAUUCUUUCAUUUUGAAGUUUAGCAAAUCUAAUUGCCUUUUUGCACGCAUUAUUUGCUUCCUUAUAUCUUUUUUAUAAGAUGCAUCUGAUUUGUCUGAUUUUAAUACUUUAAAUGCCCUUUUCUUAUUUUUAAUCUCUUGUUUUACUUCUCUACUAAGCCACAUUGGUUUUAAUUUGUUUAUUUUAUAUUUAUUUCCCAAUGGUACCUACUGAGAAAUGUACCUUUCUAAUAUUUUUUUGAAGAUGAUCCAUUUAUCCUUGGUGUUCUUUUCACUAAAGAGUUUAUGCCAGUCAAUAUAUUGUAAAGCUUCCCUAAACUUAUUGAAAUUGGCUUUUUAAAAAUUAUUUGUUUUAGUAUUCCCCAUGUGCUUUUGUUUUUUUGAGUUUAUUUCAAAGGACACUAUAUUGUGAUCACUAUUUCCCAAGUGCUCACCUACUUGAAUGUUGGUCAAAAGAUCAACGACAAGCCAGACAAGCGUCCAUUCUAGUUGGUGCUUGUACAAGUUGUGACAUGAAGGUGUCGUUUAAAAACAUAAUUCCCUUUGCUGAGCUACUAGUCCCUCUGUCCCAAUUUAUGUCCGGGUAAUUAAAUAAGUUGGGUAGGGAUCACUAGAUCCAGAUUUUAGGGCUCAAAAUCUCAAGUCCUACAUUACUAGACGGAUCUAAAUGUUACUCUCCACUGCACACCUGGAGAGUGCUUGGCAUCUUCUCUGGUUUAAACUUCUACCUGCCAUUGCUGUAGUGUCACUCGCCAAUGGCUUGUGGGCGAGUUUAAAGUUUGAGCCCUGCUGAUUGUAUUCUUCUGCGAAAAUGAAAUCUGUUCCCAUUUCUCUGUGUAAAUGCCUCAUUGCCCAAUCUUAUUUUUUUCUUCAUCAGAGUCCAAAAAGCCAUAGAAGAUGUUGCCUCUGAGAUGAGUUCUUCAGGGAAGCCUGAUCCAAAGUCUGUCAGCAAAGUAAAGAGGAAAGCCAAGAAAAUUUUGCAAGAAAUGGUGGCAUCCAUCUCUCCUGCAAUGAUAAGGUAAACCGUUACUGUGCUGAUUUUCAUCUGGAACACAAAGAAGCACUGGAGGAAGAUGCAUUCUUACCUGAAAUAAUCUGGUGCAGUUCUAGUUACUUAGAAUAACUUGAAUAACUGGUUACACUUAGUCCUGGCCUGUAUUAUUGGGCCUAAUAUGGACUGGGGGAGGGUGCUCUCUUGGAAUAAUCAAAUGUUAAAGAAUCUUAAUGUUUUGGGCCUUAAAGGGCUUUACAGAGCUGCGAUUAUCAUUUCUCCUAAUUUGUAGCUGGGAAGCUCUCCAUCUCAUUCUAUCAACCCGUUACAGAGUUUACUUUUAGAAGAUGUCAGAGUAAAAGAUCACUUUUUAAACUACAUCCUAAAUGUUCAAUUUGCGAGACAUUGAACACAUGACCAAACAUUAAGUAAAGGUUUUGCUUAAAGGGAACAAUCCCUUCUCAUGAUUUACAAUAUUAUUUUUAGAUAUCCCUGUGUUUAAAGGGACACUAUAGUCAUCCAGACCACUUCAGUUUAAGGGAGUGGUCUGGGUGCCAGGUCCCUCAGGUUUUAACCCUUCAGAAGUAAACAUAGCAGUUUCAAAGAAACUGCUAUGUUUACAUUAGGGGUUAAGCCAACCUCUAGUGGCUGUCUUCCUGACAGCCGCUAGAGGUGCUUCUGCAACGCUGGAUGCGAAAUUCGCAUCCAUCGCGCAGAGCGUCCAUAGGAAAGCAUUGAGAAUGCUUUCCUAUGGACUGUUUGAAUGCGCGCGCGGAACUUGCCGCGCAUGCACAUUCUGCUCCACUCGGGAGCUGAUGUCGGUGGGGGAGGAGAGGUCACCAGCGCUGAGGGAGCCCGGUGCUGGAUAAAGGUAAGCUGCUGAAGGAGUUUUAACUGCUUCAGUGCCACAGGAGGGGGACCCUGAGGGUGAGGGUCCCCCAAGGAUUAUAUAGUGUCAGGAAAACCGCUUUGUUUUCCUGACACUAUAGUUAUCCUUUAACAUUUAAAUAAUAUGUAUUCUUAAGGUUUAAAAAAUAAGAUUUAAACAUAGAAACCCACACCCCUUCUUUCCGCUGCUGGGUGCCUCCAUCUUUGGACCUAGUUAAUCAUUGUUAUAAGCUCUGUCCUUUGUACUUGGCAGUCAGCAUAGAGAGAAGAGGAGAAGUGAAACAAUGUUUUUUUUUCUCCACUUUAUUUGCAAUGUUUGCCUUGUCUGUAUUUAAUUAUGUUAUUUGCUAAAUCUUUCAUUUCCGUUUAAGAGAAAAUGAAGCAUCAUAGAAAAAAGAUUAACACACGUUAUAUGCGAUUUUCAAUGGUUUGUUCAUUGGUAUACAUUCUAAAGAACUGACACUUCUACUUUAAACUUUAAUGUCAAUAAAAGAUUUCUGAUACAGGGUCCAGGGAACAUUUUCUAAAAACAUCCCAUAUUCCUAGUUUAAUAGAGACAUAUAACUUUCAGGGUUUUUAACACUGUUUUUACUCACCCUGUAUAUUUAACAAAUAUGGAUUUGGUGAAAAAAAAAAUAUCCACACCUCUUUAUACUGCAACUGGGUGCCUCCAUUUUGUCUCGCUGUUAAUUAUUGCUCUAAGCUCUGUACUUUGCAGUCAGCACAGAGAUAGAAUAAAAAUGUUGAACUGGAUUGUGAUGCCAUUUUAUAAAUCUUUAAAGGAACCUUAUAGGGUCAGGAAGAAGAACACAAACCUGCAUUCCUGAACAUAUAGUAUAGUAUUAAAACCACCAUCUAGUCCCUCCUUGCCCCCUACAUUUAGUAAAAUCUUAUCUGUAUACCAACCUGCUGCUGGCUCUGUCCCUGAUCUGCCUGUUUGGCUGACACAAUCCUAAUUUUGUGUUCUGAGCCAAUGACAGUGCUUUCACAUAGGAAAACAUUGGAUUGGCUGAGCUUGUCAAGGAGGCAGACCACAGCCAAACACAGCCCUGGACAAUCAGCACCCCUACAUAGAGAUGAAUUGAAUCAAUGCAUUUCUAUGACGAAAGUUUAGUGUCUGCAUGCAGAGGGUGGAGACACUGAAUGUCAGUCACACUGUGCAGCACUGCCCCAGGAAGCACCUCUAGCAGCCAUCUGAGGCGUGGCCAGUGAAGUUAUCACUAGGCUGUAAUGUAAACACUGCAUUUCCUCUGAAAAGACUGUUUACAGCAAAAAGCUUGAAGGGAAUGAUUAUAAACAUCAGAACAAAUACAAUAAGCUGUAGUUGUUCUGGUGACUAUAGUGUCCCUUUAAUAUACUUGUAAAAGUAAAAUGGAGGAGCACAUGAACAUUAUAAGACAAGUUAUAUGUGAUUUUCAAUAUUUUUUUCUAAAGCAUAAUUCAUACGGAACACAUAGUUAUCCUUUAAAUAUAAUAAUUAUUAUUUUAUUAUUUAUAUAGCGCCAUCAAAUUCCGUAGCGCUGUACAAUGGGCGGACUAACAGACGUGUAACUAUGAUAUAAACGCGCUUCUUGCCAUAGUAACACAACUUCUUUGUUUUAUUUUUCUCCAUGAAUUCUUGUGGAGGAAGCAUGUCAUUUAUUUAUCUGUCCCAGUUUUGUUCUCCCCCUUACUGCUCCCAGCUGUAUAACCACAUCUGACAUAAAUUAUGGCUGUUACCUCCAGGUAUUAAGAUCUCUUCAUAUGUUGCUCUAUUUCUGCAGGCUGACUGGGUGGGUUCUGCUGAAACUAUUCAACAGCUUCUUUUGGAACAUUCAGGUUCAUAAAGGCCAGCUGGAGAUGGUGAAAAAAGCAUCUUCAGAGGUAUUGUAUUGACAAUUCAUGAGGGAAUAUUUUUCUGUUUGUGAAAUCCAGCUCCGUAUGUUAGAGUUUUGGGAUUUUCCUGUACGGCGUCUUACUAUUGUGCAAAGCCCUAUAUUCUGUAUAAAGAAGAUACAGAGUUAAGAGACAGGUUGAGGGGAAACAAAAGCUCUAAGUUUCUUAAAGAUUUAUGUUUUCAAUUAAUCAGAACGCAACCAAAUUCAAAUUAUAUAUAAUAACUAGUAUAUGGCUGAUGAAAUUCAACCAAUAGCUCUUUCAUUCAUCUUCCCAUUACGGUAGAAUGCUAGUAAUAAACAGCGUAUUUGUUUGAGUCCUGGAUUCUGUUUGGCUACUGACAUCAUACAUUCCCAGCAUUUAAAAAAACUAAACUUCACUAUUGCUUGGAUACACAAAAGUAAUGGGGCACUCUUAGACCCAUAAGCAUUACAGCUUUCUAGUGGCUCUGUUACCUGGCGCCGAACCAUUUUUUUUCAUAGUCUUGCAUCUUACUCAGUGUUUUGCUGUGGGUGCAGUGGGGAGAACAUUAGUUUAUUUUAAACCAACUUAAUAUGGUUUGACACAGAAGCUGUGAGCUGUAGUGGUUAUGGUGCCGAAAGUCCCUCUUUCUUUAAUCUUCUUUAGUGUAGCGUCGAACUGAUUGAAGCCAGAAAAACAUGUAACAGCUUCACUUUAAGUUGAAACAUUACCGUUUCUGUAUCUUUGUGUCAGAAGGCACACCUGUGAAUCAAUUAAAUGCGACCGUGCGUUAUGUAACACAGCAGGAUUGGCAACAUUUCUUUCCAUAUGGGCUUAAGGAAUAAUAGGAACUCCACCUAGGUUGAGCACCGUCUGAGUGAAUCUGGCAUGCCAAACACCUAAAAUUAUGCAGAUCUGAUAAUAUCUUCCCACAUUCAUUUUAAACACAUGUUUUAAAACUGGUUUUGCUGCUAGCCAAAAAUAAAUAAAGGAUCCAGCUUUUCACUGCCAUUUCAUUGUGACGUGGUAUAGAAACACAAAAUAGGAAUGGUGCGAAGCUUGACACACCUGAAGAAUUUCAGUGUGUUGGUUGUUGAUAUUUUAACAGUUAUAUAGGUUGAACAAGUGUUCAGUCUGCCCAGUUUAACCUGUCACGUAUCUGUCCCUGCUUGCUAUUACAAAAGAAGGUUUAAAAAAAAAAAAACAUUUUUAAAUGAUUUCAAAGCGUGCUGUGGAAAGGGUGAAUUAACUAAUUCUUGACUCCCAAAUGGCCAACAGAUAAUUCUGUGGCAUAACCAAUUGCCUAUAAACUAGUCUAGAUCAGAAUAUCCUACUCUGCCAAAAAGGCAUCCACACCUUUUCAAAACAAAUCUACUGAAUCUAAUAAACAAUGUUAAUUACAGUACCCCUUAAGAUUCUUCUUCUUUUUUUAAAUUCUUUAUUUUAUAGUGCGCAGGUUAACCGUACACGCUUGCCUUUCUUCAACAGCUUUGGCAAGCCUAGUUAUGACAGUAUGAUAAACAUUGGUAUGGCAGUUCAGAUAACAGCAAACUUUUUUUUAUUUUAUUUUUUUAAAACAACAUUCAGCAACAGGUUGGCUUAACGUAAGAAGAGUGUUCAUUUGCAUUACACUAGCUUAUAGUUGAGCAGUAACAUGUCAGUUAGUUUGCACAAGCAGUGUUUCAGAGGGUAUUCACAACAUGUCAGGAGUAUUGUACGUUUGAGCAGGCUUGCUACAUAAUUUACACUAGGCUUGUAAGUCAUGCAUUGUAGGUUCAAUCUAGCAUAUUAUAUACAAAAACACUUGUAGGAGCCUAAGCAUGUUCUAAAUUGAGUAGUGUAGGAGUAGUAAACAUAGUAGGUAAGAGAGUAGUUAGUAUGCCACUGGGGACUUGUCAUGGAAUAUAGAGAGGCAGGGGUUAAUGCUAAGGGCUCAAUACAGUUUAGCUGGUCUGGGUCACACCCCUGUCCGCCUCCCUCCGCCGGCUUGGCUAAGCAUGAUAGGAAAAGGCAUCUAAGCCCAGCCAUCUCUGCUCUGCCUGUCUCAGGUCGCAGCACAGGCUCUUAUCUGGCAUUCUCUGAUCUAGCUCUAGCUGUAGUCGAUAUCAGAGUCCACAGGUUUAUCCACCCAGGUGUCAGGCAUCCAUGUGAGGUUUCUACUGCUCAAGGCUUUUGGCUUGAGUAAGUUGUUGCCGGAACGUCUGUGCUGGGAUGUGGGUGGAUGUUGCACAAAGUCCUCUUUCAGCUGUAGGGCUUUCUUUACCGUGGAGCCCGUGAGUGGAGGCAGGGAUCCUUCCACAGCCUCCAUAGGGAUUCCGCCUGUAGGCUGCUCAUCGCGGACGUUCACGUGGAGGCUUAGGCGGCGGCCAUUUUAGCUCCAGAGUGUGGGAGACUGGGUGUGGAUUAAAUUACAGCGUUCCCCUUCCUGCUGUCGGGGGCCCUCCAUUGGGGACUGGGAUAACCCCCACCGGUCCAAAGGGGGGAACGGGACCAGGACCAUAUCAGAGAGCCGGUGUGUGUGAUAGCCGGGGGAGAAAGCAGGAUGGCGGCCGUCCACCCUGCCCCUUCCUCGAUUAGGCCGCAGACACCAAAGUCUUUUUGUUCCCUCCCGGGCUCCAAAAACUACCGAUCUCUGGGUCUGCUGCAGCACCGAUAGCCAUGUAAUGUUUUUGUCAUUAUUCCGGGCUCAGUUUAGUUUAGGAGCAGCAUAUUUCAGCAUAUAUAUCUGAGUCCCUCAGCAGCCUCUCUUGAAUGCGACCGGUCAGCAUGGCAACCCGGCCAUGCACCCCCCCUUAAGAUUCAUACAUAGCAAUGCAGUUAUUUAUUACAGUAGGUAAAAUAGUACAUGUUUGGUGAUUUCCACUAGAUAUUUACUUUACACACCCAGUGUGUUGAGAACACAAUUCCCAACAUAUAUUUAGUUCCUCACAAAAGUCUGAAUGGGGAAAAACCAUCCCCAAUCAGACUGCAAAAUCUAACAUCAAAUGGGUGUGAAUUUGGUCCAGAUUUAAAUGCUGCUGGACAGCUGAAUUCCAGUUCCAGAGGCUUCACAUCCGGGCCUGGAUUUAAUGCCUUCCAAUGCAAAGGUUAACUAUGUGGCAGCUGGCCAGCGUUUAUAGCCAGCCACAACAUUAAAGCAGCUCUAAGCAAUAGGUGGGGUCAUAUCUCCUAAAUGUUUAAAACUUGCGACUACGCAUCGGUUUGGGGGACUUGAAAAUAAAUAAUGGGGAGUGGGCAGAUCACGGCUUAAUAAUGGAACAGCCCAUACACCUAAAUCACUUUAUCUUGCUCAAGUGCUUUAUGUGAGAAGACUGCAUCCUCUUUUUUUUCACAAAGUGCAGAUUUCAAUAGAAAUGGAUAAUGUAUAAAUUAACCUUGUUACACCCCCCCGGCUGUCAAUCAGACAACAUGUUCUGUUACUUCCUGGUUGUUUACCUCAUAUGAACUAAACUCGAGAGGCAGUAAUUGCCCAGAGCACAUGCCUUGCAAAGACUUCUCACUGAGCAUUGGGAAGUUUAUGAUUGGCCAGCCGUGGAAUGUCUCAGAGGGGUUAGAAGGUGGUGGGGGCCUGCAGGACGUUGCAUGCAUGUAUAUAUGUUCUAAAUUGUUAAAAAAAAAAAAAAUUUAAGUUGGAGUGUUACUUUUAAAAGGCACUGCCUGAUGAUGCAAAAUACCCUCAGUAAGUCCAGAUUUAAUAAAAAUGUUUAUUUUUUUUUAAAUAGAAGAUUGUGGUGAAAGAAAUAUAAUAAAUAACAAUCCCUAAAAUAUGACUUUUAUUAGAUACAAUUAAAAGUGAUCCAAAUAAGGAUCUAUGUAGACAGUGAAAUAUAUGAUCACUACUUACAAGUGAUGUGUGAAAAAGCGGUAUAAGAGUAAAGUGUGGUCACUUUUUCACACAUCACUUAUUAGUAGUGCUUAUAUAUUUUACUGUCUACAUAGAUCCUUAUUUGGAUCACUUUUAAUUGUAUCUAAUAAAAGUCAUAUUUUAGGGAUUGUUAUUUAUGCAUUAUAUAUUUUUUUUUCACCACAAUCUUCUAUUUCUGUUUAAGUAGGCCUAGUUUCAGUGGUGGAAAAUUCUGUCCAAAUUAUCCUCUUUAUCGUAAACAACGGUGAUAGACAAGAAAUACCUUCACCUGUCGUUCUUUAUUUUAUUUGUUUAUUUAUAAGAAAGGGAAAAAAGACUCCAUAUAUCAUUUAUUUGGAUUUACAUCACUCAUGACCCGAGUGAGACCCUUUUCUGUACUUCUUAGCUCAUAAGGAAAAGGUGAGUAAACCAAACUAUAUGAGCGAAAGUAUAACAGAAUAUACACAGAAAAGUAUAACACAGAAUAUAUGGAGGUUAGAACUGAUAAGGCUUUGUUAAAAUGCACUGUCUGCACAGAUUGUUCAUUAUAAGCAAAGGCUGGAGUGUUUGUCAAAGGUUGGUGGGAAUUAAAAGUGUGAUCAACCACUUUUUCCCCUCCUUUCCACUAGUGGUUGUUCACACUUUUAAUAAAGUGUAAAUAAAAGUUAAGUUUUACAAAGCAUUACUAAUUUAAUUUUCCCACAAACCUUUGGCAAACACUCCAGCCUUUGCUUAUUUUGUUUAUUCUAAUAUAAGGGUAAACCUCUAUUAGGAGUGUUUUCAGACAUCUAGCUCAUUUUGUGCUUUUUGGUGUUUCUACCAGAUUUCACAUUAUGAGCUCCAUCAUAGAAAGGCUUCAGAAUGCAGUAUACUAAUGCAAAAUUACUUCCUGAGAUGGAGGUAAUUUAAAGGUUUAAUUACACAACUUGUACAAGGAGACUUGAAUAUGAAGUGAAAACUGGGCCUAUCCGCUUUAAUCGUCUUGUUGCCUUCAUAGAGUGUAGUUUGGUUUACAUUGCAUGGUUGUAUAUCUGCAUUUGUUGAACGCCUUGAGUAUCAUGCUUUCAGUGUAUCUGUAUAAUUAAUACUUUGCGAAGCAUGCUUUCUCUCUCCCCGAAUUUAGCGGAUUAUGUCUGCAUAUAAAGUGUGUGUACCUCUAUGCCAAUCCCUGCCAUUUCUUUAUAACAUGGUGGCCAAUUGAAAUAUCGAAUUAUAACUAUGCUCUAUGCACUGGGGAGGCCAAAUUGUCAGCUAAUGUGUAUAUUAAACAUAAUUUAAAGGACCACUAUAGGCACCCAGACCACUUCAGCUUAAUGAAGUGAUCUGGGUGCCAGGUCCAUCUACGGUUAACCCUGCCUGCUGUAAACAUACCAGUUUCACAUGGUUUGCAGAGAAACUGCUAUGUUUACUUUAGGAUUAAUCCAGCCUCUAGUGGCUAUCUCAUUGACAGCCGAUAGAGGCGCUUCCGCUUUCCUAUGGACUGGCUGAAUGCGUGAGCGGCUCUUGCCGCGCACACGCGCAUUCAGCUGAUGAUGGCCAAAAGAGGGGGUGAGUUUUUAACCCUCUUCUUCUCCAUUCAGCCUGGCGGGAGGGGGACCCUGAGGGUGGGGGCACCCUCAGGGCACUAUAGUGCCAGGAAAACGAGUUUGUUUUCCUGGCACUAUAGUGGUCUUUUAAUUUAAGGCCUGUUGUAUAGUAAAUACUACACCUACAAAUCAUUACACUUUUACAAUUCCUCACACGACAUCCAAUAAUGCUUAGCAUGCCCACAUGUAUUGUGGGAGAGCGUGGAUGCAGCCCACUGAAUAGAACAUAGGGAAAUGUAAUCUAUACAUUGCUGGUGAAAUACCUGACACAAUGUAUAAAGCAACUCAUGCUCUUGUCAUAUCAUUAUAUCUGUGUUGGGUGUUCUUGUUUCUUUUUUUGUUCUCCACCCGCGUUUGUUAGUUUGAAGACUUGAUCCUUCUGAAGGGGUGGUCUCAUUUCGUCAAAGCUGUCUGAUCCCUCUGUUUGUGUGCGCUUUCUCAUGACUCCCUGUGUACAGAACCAUUGCUUGUCUCUGUCUUUAGAUGAACACCCCGCUUGUUUUCUUGCCUGUCCACAAGUCUCACAUUGACUACCUGCUCCUCACCUUCGUCUUGUUCUGCCACAAUAUCAAAGCUCCGCACAUUGCCGCAGGGAACAACCUCAACAUCCCCAUCUUCAGGUCAGUAUGUGCACUGCAUGUAGGGAACGGGCUCACUCAAUUCUCCUUUGCUUACUUUGCACUUGUCUGGUCUGUACAGUCACCACCUUAACUUCAUUUAUCAGUUCUAGACAGAGAACGACUCUUAAAUAUUUUAACAAAAAACAAACAAGCACAAAUAGUGAAAGCAGAUAAAACCAGCUGGCACAUUUCCAGUCUAAAAACACAAGCUUUAUUCGUCCAACUCAAGCUAAUGAAACUCUUCCACCGUAUUGGUCUUCACCACUUUUACUGGACAGCUACUCCAUGCACCUACGACUGUUUACCCAUAAGCUGUUUUUUCAUUAUUCAAUCCUCCUGUUCGAAAGCAGGCUUGACGCCGAUGUGGUUCGUUAAUAACUUACCACCAUAGUUAACCCCUUUCAUGUCAAACUUAUGUUCAUGCACAGAAGCAAAUACCAGCAGAAAUCUAAUUUUUAAAUUAGUUUCUUUUGACCAAAAUAGAAGACUAAUAUCUGGGGAUACCUCGCUUGGAGGCAAAUUGUUUUAUUUUAAUGAUUGUACAAGACCACAGCAUGCUUGUUACUUUUCUUAUUAAAUCAUAAUGAAUAUCUCCAUACACUUGUUGCAUUCACAGCACUUUAAUUCACUUACUGGGAGGAUUUUUCAUAAGGCGCAAGCUAGAUGAGACCCGAGAUGGGAAGAAAGACAUCCUGUAUAGGUCUUUGCUGCAAGGGGUGAGUACAGCUAACUUCUUUAGGGACUUAGUUGUUUUAAGAAACUGCAUCAACAUGUCUUUCAUUUGUUUCCACGGUCAUUGCUCCCUCUAGAGCUGUGUGCUAAAUGUAAUCUCAUUUGUCCUGGUGUGCCCAUGUGGGUUGCAGGUUUUGAAGAAGGAUGGUUUCAUGUAGCUAGAAAUAGAUGUAAUUUAUUUGAACUGUCUGUGAACGUGCACACCUGCCUAGAAUCUUGGGGGGGAAAAAAGUGGGGAGGGGGUUUGUGCACUUCAAGCUGAUAUUUGUGGUAUCACCUGCCAAGCUGUAGAAGUCCUGGUCCAUCUCCCUGUUUCACUUUUGGAUUACCCUUACAUAUUUUUUUUUUUCUUCUUUCUUUUUUUUGAGAAAUGUGUUAAAUUAAACUGACGGUAUCCCCUAUUUAUGUUUUAGUAUAUUGAAGAAUUGCUGAAUAAGCAUCAGUUUCUGGAGAUCUUCUUGGAAGGAACUCGAUCACGCAGUGGAAAGACCUCCUGCGGCCGAGCUGGUCUCCUUUCGGUCAUCGUAGAUACUGUCUGUAAUGGCUCUACCCCUGACGUUCUCAUCAUACCAGUAGGAGUCUCGUAUGACCGAAUCAUCGAGGGACAUUAUAAUGGAGAGCAGCUGGUGAGUAUGGAUUGUACGCUUUGACAGUGACUGUUGAAGUAGUUCGUUGGCAGAAAAUACCUGAAUAUUUAUUUUCUCCUCCAUCCUAUGUGUAUUUAUAUAUUUAGCCAGACAUUAAGGGUUGCUGACUUUUAAAGUGUUGCUGCCAUUUUAUUUGUAGUUGGCAUUGUAUUAUUUCCUUUUCAUUCCUGAACUUCACAAUCAACUAUUAACCAGGUUCUGUCGGUGGAUAAUAGUCAUUGAUGGAAUUGAUAGUUUUUUAGUCAUAACCUUCCCCCCCCUCCCCCAUCAAAGUCACGUUUUUAUAUCUGUCACUAAGACUUAAAGGACCACUAUAGUGCCAGGAAAACAUACUUGUUUUCCUGGCUCUAUAGGGUCUCUAGGUCCCCCCCCACCCUCAGGGCCCCCCUCCCGCCAGGCUCCUGAGGGUAUAAGGAGUUAAAUUUACCUCUUUUUCCAGCGCCGGCUGGGGGACUCUUCUCCUCUUCCUCUCCUCGUCCUCUCCUCCUCCUCUCCUCUUCCUCUCCUCCUACUCUCCUCCUCUCUUCCUCCUCUCCUCCUCCUUCUCGUUGUCAUCGGCUGAAUGCGCAUGCGAGGCACGAGCUGUGCGCGCAUUCAGCCAGUCCAUAGGAAAGCAUUCUCAAUGCUUUCCUAUGGACGCUGGCGUCUUCUCACUGUGAAAAUCACGGUGAGAAGCGCGGAAGUGCCUCUAGCAGCGGUCAAUGAGACAGCCACUAGAGGCUGGAUUAACCCUAUUAUAAACAUAGCAGUUUAUCUGAAACGGCAGUGUUUAUAGAAGAAAGGGUUAAUCCUAGCUGGACCUGGCACCCAGAUCUGGGUGCCUAUAGUGGUCCUUUAACCCCUUAAGGACACAUGACGUGUGAGAUGUCAUGAUUCCCUUUUAUUCCAGAAAUUUGGCCCUUAAGGGUUUAAAUGUAUUAAUUUAACAAGCUACUACAUUGAUUGGAUUAUCUUCUCCUUGUAUAAUACUAGUGAGUAAACUAUAGGUAGCUAUUCUGAAUCUAAAGCGAAGUACUAUUUAAUUAAUACAGAAUCUCACAAAUUCAUAAUAUCGUACAUGUAAGCAUAAUUCUUCACACAGAUUUCCAAGAUUCCAAGUGUGUGUUUAGAUGACAUUUACAUCUCGUCCAUGUACACAGACGUCUAAGAACACGUAAAGCAUAAACACAUAGACCAUAUAGUAUGUUCACAAUUCACUAAAACAAUAUAUUUUAUUUAUAUUAUGCCUACUUUUAUUUAUCCCCGUAGCAAAUACAAAUGCAGGUUUAAUAUUUUAGUUGUCAUCCACUGUCUGGAUUCCUUGCAUUGAUUUUGCAGAUACGUUUUACUAACGCUACAGUGUUCCUUUAUAUGUGUCUGUAUUCCUCACGCUACAGUCUUGAUGUUCUUGCUUAGUUCAGGGCCUUCCCAUCUGUUAAAAAAUAAAAAUGAGAUAUAGCAAAUUGCUCACCUUUUCUCCAGCAGCGAGUCUCUAUAUCGGCGCUGACUCUGCCUCCUCCUCAAGUGACGUCAUCUUGGAAGCUUGCCUCCAGGAUGAAGGUCUGAGUCAAUGUUUCUCAUAGAGGAGCAUUGGGGACCUUAGGCACAUGUGUGACGCUUGCCGCAAUGCACCUAAGAUUCUUAGGAUUCUCUAUGAUAGAUUGUGACAGCCCUGCGCAUGUAUGCGUGGCGUCCAGGUAUGUUAUGGUUUGAGAGCUGGAAAGUACUACAUUUUAUUUGUUCAAUUUAAAGGGCAAACCUGUUAUGGUUUGAGAGCUGGAAAGUACUACAUUUUAUUUGUUCAAUUUAAAGGGCAAACCUAAGAAAGAUGAAAGCUUGUGGAGCAUCGCUAGAGGAGUUUUUCGAAUGCUGAGAAAGAACUAUGGCUGCGUCCGUGUUGAUUUUGCACAACCCUUUUCCUUAAAGGUCAGUAAUAAAAUCAACUAUUCACAUGUUUACUGCUGUAUGAAGGACCUGAAAAAGUAGCUUCACAGAAAUGUCAUUUUAUUAUCCAUGGUCUGUAUCUUGAAUGCUAAUUCUAAAAUUCUUUCUCAAAACGUAAAAUGGCCUACUAACAGUUUUCAGGAUACGAUAAAAUUCAUGUCAAGAAAACUUCCUUCUCUGGCUGCUGGCUCAUCAUUUACUAUGCAAGGGGCAAAUGACUGAUGAGGUUAAUCACUAAACUUUCUAGACUUAAUCCCGAAUGACUAAACCGAGGCAAGAAUAGGUGAUCUGGAAUUUUUUUUGUUCCACAAUUAGCCAUGGUCUGAGCUUGACUAUUUAUGCUUCAGUUUUUUCAGAAUUAAUUCACACAUUUUCAGCAUUUGGUGAAUGAAACUGUGGUUAUUCAUUGAUUAAAAACCUUUAGUGAUUAUUAGCUUAAGUGAUGAAUUGCAGGGCAGUGUUUAAAAGCCACUUUGUAAAAAUUAGGACAAAAUACCAGAGUUGAAUAUAUAGACGAGUUUGUGAUUUUAUAUAUAUAUAUAUAUAUAUAUAUAUAUAUAUAUUAUUUAUUUUUUUGUAUAUAUUAUUUUUUUUUUUUUGUAUAUUUUUUUUUUCUCUCCCAUAAAAGUUAAUUUGGCCAAAUAUGUUUGAGCUGUCUGUCAACUCAGCUGUAUAUGAGGGAAAGAAGCACCUGAUCUGCAUGUUUCCUGUGCCAAUUGCACAAACUUGAUGUUCAGUCCUGCAUAUGACAGUGUUCUCCACUCCCCUCUUCCGGAGAGAUGUUACAUGGAUGUACCACUCAUUGUAGUAAUUUCCUUGAGCAGCUGUGUAAUACUUUAAACUAAAUCCCACAGCUUGGAAAUAAGUGUCUCUGCAAAAUAACAUUUUGACUUUUUCACUAACGAGAGAUCCAGCUUUUCUCAGUAAUGGUUUUUGUUUGCAGGAAUAUCUAGAGAAUCAACGGCAAAAACCUUUGUCAGGGUUGCAGCGAUUAGAACAAACUCUGUUACCAGCCAUACUUUCUGACAGGUAAGUUUACCUUUAAAUACUGUGUGUCCAUUUUAGUGUGGGAUAAUAAUAUAGAUUGCAUUAAAGGCUGCACAUUGUUAAGUCAGUGUCUGCUCGUUGCUUGACCUCUUGAUUGCCCGGCAGUGCAGGGUUUAUUGUAAUUUUUUUUUUCCUUAAAUGCUGACACCUGACUUUGACAGAGAGAUUUUAUUUAUUUAUUUUUUUACUGUAUAUUUUUUCCCUUUAACUGUACACAGUGCUAAAGGAACACAAUUGUAUUUUUCUCACAAUUUAAGGUGAUCAACUUGUAAUAGUUUUUAUUUAGGUUUGGAUGUCUACCGCCAGCCUCCGCCCACAACGUCAUCUGGCUCUCUUGCCGAUAACCAAACCUGUACUCCUAAUAGUAGAGCAUUUGGUGCUGAUGGGUUUGUGCGGCAAGCACCUCCAAAUGCUUUACAUGCAAAAUCAUUGAAUUUAUAUAUGUGGGUGCUGAGCAGGAAUAGUCUAGUUGAUAUAUUCCUCCCCACCCCUUUUUCACCACCAUGCAGUAGCUAUAUCGCUUUGGGUUUUUGCAAAAAAUAUGGUGACUCCACAGGACAUGAUGCUACUUUGAUAUCUGUUUGGGGAUUAAAUAACUCUUUAUUGUAUUCUUUACUCCAGACCAAUUGAUGCUGCAAGUGAAAAUGAAGUUGCUCUUCCUGACCAAAGGAACUCCGCAAACGACCCUCUCAGGAGACAGAUGAUUACAGACCUGGCCAAUCAUGUGCUUUAUAGUAAGUAUGGUGCAGUGCAUUGUGGGUUCUGCAAAAGAGUUUGCACUGUAGCAGGGACACAUUGUAAAAUAGUCAAACUCACAUCAUGUGACACAUUUCAUAUGUACGCAAGUUCUUAAUACAAAAUAUCCAGCACUCACCUAGGGACCAAGGAAGUAGUUGUCAGAUUUUUUUUCGCGCCAUUGAGUUCUCUUGAACCCCUAUCGGUGUUUCUGGCCUUUCUGGAAGAUAAUGGGUUAAGUAGCCUGUAAAAUAUUUUGGUUAUUGUGUCAGUACAUCAAUGCAUUCUCUAGGAUCCCAAUUCUUCACUUUUAUUAGCCUCCUCUUUCUACUUUAGCUCCCAUUUGUGUGCAGGCAUUUGCUGUAAAUGCUUACACAAUCCUCCUCAACAAGGAGUUCAGAAUGUUAAAUAAAAGCCCUUUAAUUGCUUGUAUGAGAUUCAUACUUUAAUUGUGCUACUGUUUCAUUGACAUGUACUGCGGAAAGCCUGUCUUCUGAUUUAAACUAUGAGUUUAUCCUUUGUUCUGUGCACUAAGUCAUUUUACAUUGUUAGAAAUCCUGCUCUUGGCAAUCAGGCUUUGAAUGGUAGAAUUGGCUUUAUCUCCUGUCUCUAGACACCUGAACGUGUUCUAUUAGAAAAUGUUUUGCUUUGUGUUUUCCAGCUGCUGAGAAGUGCUGUGCUGUGAUGUCAACUCAUAUUGUUGCCUGCUUGUUAUUGUAUCGCUAUCGGAAGGUGAGCAAUGCAUGAUAAAAUUUAGCACAUAAAUCCCCAUUUACAUUCCCUUUAGAUUCACUGCUUAUUUUCACCCUGCAGAGAAAUUUGUUUUUCUGCUUCAGCUUCCUUCUCAUCCUCCGCAUCUCGGGUUCCGGCUGAAAUGCCUUGUGUGUGGAUGUAUGUAUCUAUAUUACAUAUGUAUACACACACACACGCAAGUAUUGGGACACCUGACAUCGCAUUCUAAAUACAUAGACAUUAAUAUUUAGGUGGCCCCCUCAUUGAAGCUACAACAGCUCUCACUCUUCUGGGAAGUCUUUCCACAAAAUUGUGGAGUUUUUCAUCAGGAAUGUUUGCCUAUUCAUCCAGGAGAACAUUUGUGGUCAGACACUGAUGUUGGAUGAGAAGGCCCCGCACGCAGUCUCCGUUCCAAUUCAUCCUAAAAGGGAUUGAUGGGGUUUAGGCCAGGGCUCUGUGCGAGCCAGUCAAGUUGUUCCACAUCAAACUAAUCCAACCAUGUCUUUAUGGACCUCGCUUUGUGCACUAGGGCACAUUCAUGCUGGAAUAGAAAAUGGCCUUCCCCAAACUGUUCCCACAAAGUUGGAAGCAUAUUGUUGACCAAAAUGUCUUGGUAUGUUAAAACAUUUAGAUUUCCCUUCACUGGAAGUAAGGGGCCUAGCAAAACCCCUGAAAAACAGCCCGAUACCAUUAUCCCUCCUCCACCAAACUUUAUAGUUGGCACAGUACAGUCAGGCAGGUAAUGUUCUCCUGGCAUCCGAGAAACCAGUCUUGCCCAUCAGACUGCCAGAGAAGCGUGAUUCGUCACUCUACUGAACACGUUUCCACUGCUCCAGAGUCCAGUGACGGCCGGCUUUACUCCACUUAAUCUGACUCUUGGCAUUGUAUUUGGUCAUAAGCUCCCUCCGAAUAUUUUUCCUACUAAUAUUAAUGCCAGUGGAAGCUUGUAACUCUCCAGCUAUGGAAUCAGGAGAGUUUUGGUGACUUUUUCGCACCAUGCGCUUCAGCACUCGUUGAUCCGCUCUGUGACUUUACGUGGUUUUCCACUUCAUUGCCGGGUUGCUGCUGUUCCUAAAUGCUUCCACUUUUCAAUAACACUGCUUACAGUUAACCCUGGGAUAUCUAGCAGGGAUGACAUUUCACAAACUGACUUAUUCAAAAGGUGGCAUCUUAUCACAGUACCACACUUGAUUUCACUGAGCUCUUCAGAACAACCCAUUUUUCAUUUUUACAAAUAUUUGUAACUGCAGACUGCAUGUCUAGAUGCUUGAUUUUAUACACCGGUGGCAAAGGGUUGGAGUUGUGUCCCAAUACUUCUGUCCAUAUAGUGUGUAUGUAUAUGUGUAUGUGUGUAUAUAUAUAUAUAUAUAUAUAUUGUUAAUUGACUAUCAUGUCUACUUUUUGUGACAGAAAUUACCUUUCUGCUUCUAUGCCAAAAUGUCAGACUUUGUUUAAAAUAUAAAAGAUAAGGCAUACCAUACAGCCUUUAAAUAAUGUUUGACCCCCUCCUAUAUUUCUGUAAAAUAUGAACAUAUAUGACUCAUCAUGCUUUUUUUGCAGGGGGUUACUCUUUCGCUUUUGGUGGAAGAUUUUUUCUCCAUGAAAGAGGAGGUAUUGUCCAGGGACUUUGACCUGGGUUUUUCAGGCAGUUCUGAAGAUGUGGUUAUGCAUGCCAUCCACCUUCUGGCUAAUUCGGUGAACAUCAGCCACACUGCCCACGGCAAUGAGUUCUUCAUUGCGCCCAACACUGGCAUUCCCGCUGUGUUCGAGUUAAAUUUUUAUAGUAACGGAGUCCUGCAUGUUUACAUCAUGGAAGCGAUUGUUGGUAAGAAUUGCCUUAAUGUAAUCAGGACAUUUUCUACUCUAAAUUUUAGUUUUUAUGCAUUUGACUGUAGAUUUAAGCUCAUCUGCCGUAAACUCAUUUGUGAAUCAUCUCACCAGCUGAACUGUAGAAGACAGUCUGUUACAUUAGAUUAUUUAAAGACCCUACCCUAACCUAACUAAGACCCUAAUGUCUGGGUCUUAGUAGAGCUGGUUGCCAAAACGUAGAUCUUCAGUAGUUGCAGAACUCCAAUGCUGAUGAUGUUUUGUCACCUUAAAGGGUUACUCCAAGUACCAUGACCACUUCAGUGAUUUGAUAAAAAAUGCUGGACAUACAGAGUUUAACCCGUUUUGCCAACAACAGUUCUGGGUUGACUUCUGUCCGUUCUGUGCAUGUUUUUCGUUUGUUCAGUGUACAUUACAUGCGGGUGACAGACAGCCAAUAGCAGUGUGGCCCUUCUCUCCAUAACUCUUUGCAGUUUGCAAAGCUUCAUGGAUGUUGUAGUUGUGCAAAAGUUGAUGGUCUUCCUUAUGAUCAAUCCUGCUGUAUAGGGCCUUGCUAAUGCUAAAUGAGUAGGACAUGAAAUGAGUCUAGUAACUCUAAAGACCAAUUUGUUAGGGUGACACAGAGAAUAAUUGUUUAAAAGUUAAAAAGUAUGUUCGAGUGUCUGAUCUGUCAUAAAGAUAAGAAACUGCUAAUACAAGGUAAGCGGUCAAUGGAGCUGGCCGGUGAUGGUGUUUUUUUGUUUUUUUUUGCUGCCCUCUUGUGUUUCAGCCUGCGCACUGCAUGUUGAACUUCGAAGGAGAAAUCUGGAAGGUUCACCUGAUGCCUCCAGCUUUGCUGUCAGUCAGGAGAGACUCAUCCGAACAGCAGCCAACUUGUGCUAUCUCCUAUCUAACGAAGUUAUCCUAGCUCUGGUAAGGUUAGACAGGUGGAGCCACCAGAUGGAUCUGAAUAAUCCAAGAAAUCGCCCCAUGUUACUCCUAAAAACUGUUAGAAUUAUCUGUAGAAAUCUAUUGUUAUUCUCCUGAAACCCUGAUCUCCGAUAUCAGAUAUGUGUUUAUGGUACCUGCUUUUCGGGGUGCUAUUUCUAACUGGUGCUUCUUAGUGCUAUGCCCAAAAACUGGCCAGUAUUCUAGAAUUUACUGAUCUCCACAUUCAGAUAGAACUCCCUUAAUCCUGCACCUGUUUUUCUCCUGAGUCUUUCAACCAUCCUUUCAAUCGAGUGAGAUUGUGUUUCAUCUAGGAUUAGUCACACUCCUCCAGCAAAAAAAUAAAGACCUCACAAGAUAACUAAUUUCAAAAAACUUGUAAAAUUGUAUGUACUUCUUUGUAAGUUUACAAUUUACAAACGGCAAUCCUAUAAUUUACUCUUUGAGAGCUUAGACACUGAAUAUCCACCAGGGGGCAUUCUGACACAGGUCCUGAUUUUUAUAGAGAGAUAACAAGACAUAAUAAACAGAUUCCAAAACAAUAAGCUGUACAAUGCCCUGCUGUUUGAUUAUUUUUAUAUAUAUAUAUAUAUAUAUGUUGAUUGGUAAUCUAAUUGCCUUUGCACUAAACAAGUUGGCAUUUUAUCUGCUAUAUGAGAUAAUAUCGAUAUAGGGUGGCAAUGAGUAAUUUCUGUAAUCGCUCCACGCCUAUAGAAUCCCACACAAGGGACUAAUGCGAGGAGGGGUGGGGGGGCGGGGGGGGUGGGUGAUUUAGUUUCUUCUCUCUUCUACACAUGUAUUCAGUGUUGUCUGAUGCCUUUUUGUUUUUCAGCCUUGUCAGAUGUAUUAUCAAGUUUGUCAUGAGGCUGUGCAGCGGUUAAUCACAUGCGGAAUCAUCCUGGUUGCAGAGGUGAGACCUGCACCCCAUAUUUCACAGAUGGGUUUGAGAGGAUUGGCAGGGAAGAGGAGGCAUUUAAUUCAGUCAGCCGUUACAGCUUUGUUACGGUCUCGGUGCUCGCUUUGUGCAAGCCCAAAGCAACUGGAGAAUUUGUCUCUCUGUGAAAACCUUAUCAGCCAUAAAUCUUCAGCUGAGAUCCGAGUAGAGACCAGAAUGUGUAAUAACGAAACCGAAACUGUAUUUGACACAGAAGCUUUUUGCAAAUGCAUUAUUAGCAAUUGUCUUCCAGUUGAUUUAAGGAGAUAAAUAAUUGUCUUAGCAAUACGUAUUGGCCGUAGACCGGGAUGGAUGUAGCAACAACUGGUAUGGGAUGACUUUUAAUGGUUUUAAUGAUGAAAGUAAUAUAAGUUUGUGGUUUAUUUAAUUUCUUUUUUUUUUUCUCUCUUCUUUAUUUAGGAAGACCAGGAGGACGGAAGCCCCAAUUCUGCUGAGAACGCGUGGGAAAACAAGCUUCCUAAUCACCUGCCUUGGAGGAAUGAAGAUGAGGAUGAAGACAGUGAUUUUGGAGAGGAGCAAAGAGAUCGAUAUUUAAAGGUAACACAUGCAAGUCAUAUGGUACAUAUUGGCGUGUUGGCAAGAGUCCACGCUCUUUGUAACUAGAACUUCUUCACAGAACUAUCUAAAGUGGAAAUAUUUAAAUACUAAACAAAGAUUAUCAAUUUUGUAAGCAUGAAUAGGCUUCAUUGCUUCCUACGCUGUUUAUAUUUAUAUUUUGUAAUAAGAAAACGAAUAAAGUGUUCCAAAAAAACACAAUGUGUCAUUGUUUGGGAUCUAAUAAAAUUCAAUAUUUAGUUAACUAAUGACAUACAUAUAACUUAAAUAAUUACAAACACCGGCAAUAACGAACAAAUAUCAAACCUUUACAUUAGCCUGAUUUCCGAUACAGACAUUAACAAACAAAUACCAAACAUUUAUGUGGAAUACUGAAUUUACUAAAAUAGUACAGAACAUGUUUGUAGCAACAUUAAUAAAAUAAACUCAAAGAGCAACAUAGUUCAAAUCCAUGCUAAAUCACAUGGUGGGAAACUCCGAUAAUUAAAAUGUCUUUCAUUAAUGUCUGGUCAUAUAAGCUUUAUGGCAUUUCACACUCAGUCGUUUCCAUCAUAUAGUAUAGCUGGUGUUGCACGCAUCAUGUAUAAUAUGCGUUAAUUACCCAUGUUCUCCGGGAGAUCUCAUUCCCUGAGGAUAUUGUACAGAGUGUGUAUUUUUUACACGUUAGUGGAUUAUUGCAUGUGAGGCUGUAUGUUGGUGCUUUUUCAGUAAACUUCCCAUGUUCCGUGGGUGAGCUCAUUGCAUGUUAUGUUUUGUGCAUGGUGCAUGUGAUGCUGUGUGUGUCAUAUAUAACAUGUGCAUUAAAUCCCUAUGUUCCCCAGGUGAGCUCAUUGCCAGAACACCAGCAAUAUGUUAUGUUCCUGCGGAGGCUCCUAGGUCCAAUUCUUGAGGCUUACAGCUCUGCCGCUUCCUUUAUUCACAAUUUUGAGGGUCCGGUUUCGGAGAAACAAUACACGCAGAGUCUGCACAGAUAUUUAAUCGCCAGGACCGAGAAAUCUGUUGCUGUUUAUGGUAAGUUAGUGCGGCUGUCUCCGUUCUGUAGACCUGAGACAUCUAAAUCUAAAAACUCUCAUAGCCUAACAGGACAGGUGUUUUCUGCCAAGUGAAUGUACCCUUUGCCAGUCUUACUACAGCUCAACCUGUUCUGUUUUAGAACUAUCCCAUAAUGCCGCUCUCCUACUGGUGUUGGAUUUUAACUCCCAUUACCUUCAGCCUUUUCUGAAACAAAUUCUCAGUUUAUCUGUAGUAGCAGGCAGCUUGACUUGUUUUGCAUAACAUUUGCAAAUUUAAUUUCCAGUUCACUAAAAUGUAUUGUUUACCGUAAACUCCCUUGGUUUAUGUGGUGACGGAGAGGAGAAGGGGAGAAUAUAGAUUUAUAAUGAUCCAAUUUAUUGGAUUUCUCAACUCAAAUUUUAAAUUCUUGGGUUGGGAGGAUUUGGUCUUUUGAUGAUGAACAUGGAUAUAUUUCUUUAUGAAAUUUUGGGAAAAAAUAUAGGAAUUUGCCAAGCUGUAAUAUUAGCUAUAUUGGAUAAUUUUUCCAGAUCUGCUAUUGUCACUUACAUUUUCCAAUUUAAUGAAAACACGCAUUUUAGGGUUACCGGUGGUUUGCGACCCAAAGGAGGUCAUCCUUUCAAAAUGUUCUACUUAGUAGAAACAAAAUUAGGAAGGUUUUGCUAAAAUGCUUAUCAUACUUCGCAAAUAGAAAGUAUAAAAACUCUUGUUUUUUUUUGUUAUUCUGAUAUAAGUAUACAAUUCUGUUACCUGUUUGAUUAUUGAUAAUGUUGUUACAACAUAAAUGGUUUCCCCAACUACUCUUGUAAGGAGCGUGCUGUAGUGUAGAGCCUGGCUCUGACACUCCAGACUUCCAAACACUGCUGAUAUUUGUAUUUUCUAUGCAUAGGCCCUUGGUAAAAAAUAAAUAAAAUGGUUUUGAUUUAAAAAAAAACAAAAAAAAAAAAAAACCUUUAAACAACCCAUAAAUUGGUGUGCAAUAUCAAUUAAAACAGUGCACACAAUUAUCUUGCAAUUUAUCUCUCGCCAAUUAAAACACAUUUUAAAAAAACUACUUUUGUCACCAGCUGUUGUGUAAAAUAAUGUAUUUGUGUAGCUGUCAAGAGAAAAAAAAAAAAAGGGGAGGAUUUUUUUUAUUAACUUUAAGGACAAUAUGUGUUAAAUGUUCUUUUAAAAAAAAAAAAAAAGUUAAAAUCUGAAUUCAUUAAAAGUUUUCAGAAUGUAAUUUUUUUUUUUUAUUAUUAUUAUUAUUAUCACCGAUUAUUUACUGUUUCUUUUUCCCUUGCAGCGGAAAGCGCCACGCUGUGUCUUGCUAAAAACGCUGUGAAAAUCUUUGUGGAUCUUGGGGUAAAUCUAUUUUAAAACUUUUUUUGCUCAAGUGAGAUGUAAUAUUGCUGCAUAUUAUUUAUUAAAUUCUUUCCUUAGUGACAUUAUCCCAAUGGAAAUGUACCAUUUCUGUGAUCUAUUUUGGAAUUGACGUUCACAGUUUCAUUUUAAAGACGAAGUCUAUGUGAACAAAGGCUUAUAAGUUUUAUAGAAUAAUUUUGUUUUUGUUCUUGAGCUGUACGCCUUUGCAUCUGAAAAUAAAUGAAAACUAGUAUUGGCGGAGAAAACUUGGUCCCAUCCUAAUCUCUGCAGUCCUUAUGGAUUCACAUCACACACUGGUCAUUCUAAGGUGUAUAUGACAUUAUCAUCAUGAUGCAUUAAAUAGAAAGCUCAUCUUCUGUUUGGAGUUAUUCAAGGAAGUGUAUAUACUGACAUCUGAUCAGACCCUUCCCAAGUUCACUACUGAUAAAAUGCAAUGCCUUUUAACCAUGUAGGUUGUUAAAGGAUCUUAACAUGUAUAGCUUGGAGGAAAGACGAGACGGGGGGAUAUGAUAGAAACAUUUAAAUUCAUAAAGGGAAUCAACACAGUAAAGGAGGAGACUAUAAUUAAAAGAAGAAAAACUACCACAACAAGAGGACAUAGUCUUAAAUUAGAGGGGCAAAGGUUUAAAAAUAAUUUCAGGAAUUAUUACUGAGAGGGUAGUGUAUGUGAGAAAACAAGGGGUUGGCUGCACUCACCUGAACAUGCUUAAAUGGGGUGCUGCUGGGGGCCAAUAAUAAACAAGCCAAUAAGUACAGUAAAAAUGAAAAUCCAGUGCAUUCCCUUAUCUACUUUGGUGCUGACCGACUUUGCUAGCUUUAUUAAAAACACCUAAUCUAGGCAAAAAAUAAUGGGGGAUUAGUUACAUUAUAUGAUUAUACAUUGCAUAAGCCUGCCACAACGUCAAUGUACCCCAUCUUUGGCAGGUCCUACUUUAACAGCCAAAUGUCUGCUAAAUGAGCUACUUACGUGUGGAAAUACUUCCAUAUCGAGUUCUCUGCAGUACAAGGCUAAAUAGGGCCCUGGGAUGAGGCACCUGUGACAGGGAGGGGUGCAAAACCAAGGAGCUGGCUAGACUCCUAAAAAAAAUAAAAUAAAAUAAAUAAUAAUAAAAAAAAUAUAUAUACAGUUGCAAGAAAAAGUAUGUGAACCCUUUGGAAUGAUAUGGAUUUCUGCACAAAUUGGCCAUAAAAUGUGAUUUGAUCAUCAUCUAAGUCACAGCAAUAGACAAUCACAGUCUGCUUAAACUAAUAACACACAAAGAAUGAAAUGUUGCCAUGUUUUUAUUGAACACACCAUGUAAACAUUCACAGUGCAGGUGGAAAAAGUAUGUGAACCCCUAGACUAAUGACAUCUCCAAGAGCUAAUUGGAGUGAGAUGUCAGCCAACUGGAGUCCAAUCAAUGAGAUGAGAUUGGAGGUGUUGGUUGCAGCUGCCCUGCCCUAUAAAAAACACACACCUGUUCUGGGUUUGCUUUUCACAAGAAGCAUUGGCUGAUGUGAAUGAUGCCUUGCACAAAAGAGCUCUCAGAAGACCUACGCUUAAGAAUUGUUGACUUGCAUAAAGCUGGAAAGGUUUAUAAAAGUAUCUCCAAAAGCCUUGAGGUUCAUCAGUCCACGGUAAGACAAAUUGUCUAUAAAUGGAGAAAGGUCAGCACGGCUGCUACUCUCCCUAGGAGUGGCCGUCCUGUAAAGAUGACUGCAAGAGCACAGCCAGACUGCUCAAUGAGGUGAAGAAGAAUCCUAGAGUGUCAGCUAAAGACCUACAAAAGUCACUGGCAAAUGCUAACAUCCCUGUUAGCGAAUCUACAAUACGUAAAACACAAAACAAGAAUGGAUUUCAUGGGAGGAUACCACAGAGGAAGCCACUACUGUCCAAACAAAACAUUGCUGCACGUUUACAGUUUGUACAAGAGCACCUGGAUGUUCCACAGCAGUACUGGCAAAAUAUUCUGUGGACAGAUGAAACCAAAGUUGAGUUGUUUGGAAGAAACACACAACACUAUGUGUGGCGAAAAAAAGGCACAGCACACCAACAUCAAAACCUCAUCCCAACUGUGAAGUAUGGUGGUGGGGGCAUCAUGGUUUGGGGCUGCUUUGCUGCGUCAGGGCCUGGACAGAUUGCUAUCAUCGAAGGAAAAAUGAAUUCCCAAGUUUAUCAAGACAUUUUGCAGGAGAACUUAGCGCCAUCUGUCUACCAGCUGAAGCUCAACAGAAGAUCAUUGUUGCAACAGGACAAUGACCCGAAGCAUAGAAGUAAAUCAACAACACAAUGGCUUAAACAGAAGAAAAUACGCCUUCUGAAGUGGCCCAGUCAGAGUCCUGACCUCAACCCGAUUGAGAUGCUGUGGCAUGACCUCAAGAAAGCGAUUCACACCAGACAUCCCAAGAAUAUUGCUGAACUGAAACAGUUCUGUAAAGAGGAAUGGUCAAGAAUUACUCCUGACCGUUGUGCACGUCUGAUCUGCAACUACAGGAAACGUUUGGUUGAAGUUAUUGCUGCCAAAGGAGGUUCAACCAGUUAUUAAAUCCAAGGGUUCACAUACUUUUUCCACCUGCACUGUGAAUGUUUACAUGGUGUGUUCAAUAAAAACAUGGCAACAUUUCAUUCUUUGUGUGUUAUUAGUUUAAGCAGACUGUGAUUGUCUAUUGUUGUGACUUAGAUGAUGAUCAGAUCACAUUUUAUGACCAAUUUGUGCAGAAAUCCAUAUCAUUCCAAAGGGUUCACAUACUUUUUCUUGCAACUGUGUGUAUGUGUGUGUGUGUGUGUGUAUAUAUAUAUAUAUAUAUAUAUAUAUAUAUAUAUAUAUAUAUAUAUAUAUAUAUAUAUAUAUAUAUAUAUAUAUAUAUAUAUAUAUAUAUAAACAAGGGGUUGGCUGCAGAGAGGGUAGUGUAUGCAUGGAAUAGCCUUCCAGCUGAAGUGGUAGAGGUUAAAACAGUAAAGGAGUUUAAGAAUGUGUGGGAUAGGCAUAAGGUUAUCCUAGAUCUACGAUAAGGCAUGGGACUAAUACAAAUAUUAGAAAGUUGGGCAGACUAGAUGGGCCGAAUGGUUCUGAUCUGCCGUCACAUUCUAUGUUUCUAGUCCUUCUGCAUAAACUAGAUUGACCAGAGACAUGGCAGAGAAAUAACUUUCUUUGUUGGGUGAAGAACCACACAGAGGAUGUCAUACGGUUUUACAAAAAUACUUUUUGGUUUUCAGUGCUUAGAAAAAAAAAGUGAAAUCACGUAUAAUGUAUACAAGAGGUUGGAAAGGGAAAGAGUUAAACCAAACAGUUUUUAUAUAAAAUAUAUAGCUGGUAAAUUUUUGUUCCUAGAACACAUGAUGCCAUUACAGGAGAACAGUUGACAACAUAAUACAAAGCUUUUUAAGCAGAAUCUGAAUAGGUCUUAAAUACAUUUAGCAUAAGUGCAAAAAUGCAACUUCCUCUUCUUAGAGCAUAACAUAUUACUGUACUCAUUUAGUGCGCAAGCUGCAUUCCGCCAUUACCAAGGCAACGCAAACCUCUUUUAAUAGCAAUAACAUGUUUUUCCAUGUCAGACCUAAUGACCCAUAAAUGAACUUGUAUUUCAUGGCUUGUUCUUCCCAUGAAAUGGCUAAUUUGGGUAAUCUAUACAUUUACUGCCUGCUAUUCUAUGUCACAAAUAUAUUUAAAAUGCAAUCUAUGAAUAAUUUAAUCUAUAGAUCUUUUAUUUUUCCUAGUAUGUCUACUAGGCUACAUUGGAAGUAAAUAGAAAAUGUAAAACAGAUACAGAUAAUUUAGUCCAUAAAAUAGAAAUAAAAAGCUACUUCAUUUUGAAGUUCCUACAUUUCCAGGAUUUGCAACUUCUACAGUAAGUCAAGAGGCCAACAUGUUCCCAGCCAAUCAUGGUGCUAUUAUUAUUAUUAUUAUUAUUAUUAUUAUUAUUAUUAUAUUUAAUAAACUCCUGCACAUCAGGGAACCUUACAGGAGUGAUGCAGAGAUGGACAUGGUCUUUAGGACUAUUCAUUUAUAAACAUAAAAAAAUGAAAGUGUAACUCUCAGAUUGCGUAUUAGUGCCUAGAAGGUCCCAAAAUGUUUUAUGAGUGCAAUGUACUUUGAAUUUUAGUGCAACCCUGGUUGUGAUCUAUUUUCUUUUCUUGUUUUGGGGCCUGAGGGAUGGGGGAGUUGUGUUUUCUGGCAGUAUUACAAAACGGUGUAUUUUUUCUUCUCUUGUAGGUUUUCCAAGUCCAUAAAGAAGGCAGAGAUUCUCUGUUGGACUUAAGCAGCACAUUCCUACCUCAAGGCAACCGGUACAAGCUCUUAGAGUACAUCAUGAGCUUCAUGGAGCUGUAGGUUAGCGCAGCCGAUCUGGUACUGGGAACCUGCUGUGAAUAUCCAUUGAUGAACACCAUGCACUGACAGACAAGUGCCUUGCCGCCAGUUUCAUCCAUCCUCCUGCCUGUAGCGGCUGAAGAAUGGAAGUGAAAUGACUUGUGCAACAUGCAAAAAAAAAAAAAAUCCCAAAAGGACCAGCGUUCCUGACCCAAAAGACCCGUAUCAACUAGUUUAUUUUUUCUUUGAAAUCAUUAUUUAUGCCCCGGCGACCCGUGUUUCUUAUGUUAUACCUGGAAGCAGUAACAACGUAUUUGCAAUUUUUUUUUUUUUUAUUAUUAUUAUUAUUUUUUUUUUUUUUAAAUAAGUUUGCAUUGUAUUUGUUUGUUUUGGUCUUACCAUACAUUUCAGAUUUGUAGUUACUUGUUCAUUUUAGUUACGAUGCCAUUGUAGAAGUCACUACAGUCAAUACUAGAGUCAGGCUAGGAACAUGGCGACUGGCGUCUCAUGACAUUGGUAACAUGAUUGUGGGAAGUGACCAGUGGAGGGAAACAGAUUCUCUUUUUUUCUAUUGUCUUGAAAUCUCCAUCACUUUACAAAGUUCUAACCAAGACGGACACUAUAUAAAUCCAAAUUGCAACAUUAAAAAGCGAUUGCUAAAUCUCACUAUAACCAGUCACUCUCCCUCACCCACCAUUAUAAUUUUGCAUUCUAGAUUCCAGUUUUCCCAUAAGUUAAAGAACUGUUUCUUCUUUUUGCUAAUGUCUCAUACUGUCACAGAGCUUUACAUGGUCAGAAUUUUAUAUACAAUUGUGAGUGGGGAAAGCAAUUUCCAUUUACACUCUUCAUUUCUUUUUGAUUCAUAACCACAAUGCACUUAAGAACAUAUAGGAAUAGCUCCCACUGUCUAUUGUAAAAUGAAUGGCAUCCGAGAUAUCUUCUCUUUUGUCGCAAUAUUUACAUUUUAUUCCUACAAGUAGCACAAUUGGUGUUUGAACUGGGUGAAACAGGAACCUUCUGGCAAAUAUCUCUCAAACUCCAAAUAUCAUUUUAAAAUGCUGCUCUACACAAGUAUUGAUUAGGGCUCUUCUGUGUGAGCACCUGUGGAUUGGGGGGUGGGGGGUAAUCAUUGGUAUGUGACGCAGAAGUUGUGAGUUUAGGGAUUGAAUGAUGUAGUUUAUGUUAGAAAUGUUCUCUUCUUGUGUUUGUGUUCUAAAACCAUAUAUAAUACAGAAUGCACACUAUAACAACCACAGUUGUCAAGUACAAAAAACUUUAAUAAGUAGGCAAAUAACAGUAAAUAACAACAUGUGACAAAUCGUAAUCAAGAGUAAUUUACCCCAAACUCCCCCAACGUUUCAGCACCAACUGGUUGCCUUUAUCAAGGCACCCUUGUUGUUAUAGUGUGCAUUCUGUAUUCUAUAUGGAUCUUUGUAUUUAAGCACUUGACGGAGUGCUUAUAUGGUUUGCACCUGGCUUUUUGUGACUAUUAAUUUGUCUCUCCAUGUGGUUUUGGUUUAUAUACUGUGUUCUAAAACCACUCAUAUCUAGGAGCCCAUCAUGUAUUAAUGUCAUGAUUACAUAAGUAGUUUGUGUUAAGAAAGGUUUUAACAUUCGCCUCCUUUGUUGAUUGUUACAUUGCAAUGGUUUACCUUGGUCGAUUUCAUUUCUGUUUUUAGGUCUUGCUGCUUAUACCCACAGAAGAUCGGGUUAUUACAGUGGUGCUGGUCCGUUUGCUCCUUGAAAAACUCCACAAAUUUCAAUUUUUCGACAAACGUGAGAGUAAAGUUUUAUUCAUAAGUAAAGCCCCAGGACAGCUGAUUUUAGCCUCUUAUGGCUUAUUCAGAAGACCCUAAACAGAAGGACCUUGUUUGUUCCGUAAAUUAGGAAUUGGGUGAAUUGAAAUAUCAAUUUUAACAUUUUUAGUAAAAAUAAUAAUUUUUUGUCACCUUGGCUUUCAGUUUUUUUUUGCUUUAAACUAUUUCUGUUAUAAGCCAUGCAUUCAUGUUGCUAUGCAGAAUGUAAUAGAAUGUGUUGAGAAUGACACCAUUUGUGCUCUCAGGGUUAAUAUAUCCACCAGUUGUUAUGGAUUGACUGUCCUGUGAGAUGAGGAUCCUCACUGCUCUUUUUGCUUUUAAGUAAUUUCACACACUAGCUGCCUAUUUUAAUUCUUGUAGUUCCAUAUGUGACCAGUGAGGUCGACGGGCAUAAAACAGUCUAAUCCCUAGCACUUUAUGGUAUCUGUAUCCCGAUAAACACUUAUACCCCUUAUAUGUCUGGCAUUCAAAACAUAUUUUGUAGAGAUUGUUUGUUUCUUAGUUUGUUAAAGAAAAAAAAGACUACUUAUCCAAUAUUCUGCAAAGCCAGUGACAGCAAUAAUGUGUGGAUCUGCUCAUGGUCAUUCACUAAGAUUUACAUCACAUGGCAGGACUGAGUAUUGAAAUGAAAGGGACACCAUAACAACUUCAACUGUUUGAAGUGAUUAUAGUGCUGGAAGUCCUCAGACUCUUGGUCCUGCAUCAUUUUACUCACCCUCUGGCAGAGGUGCUUUGUCUCUGGCAAUCUGCAUCCCUACCACCAGUGAUGAUUUGGCAAAGUUGGGGUUACACUUUACCUCACAUCAUAGCAGAGGAAGCAAGCAGUGAUAGGCUGUGAUACCCUGAUGUGAAUUGGAGCAGAACUCCACCUUUGCCAUAUUGCAUUUGGUGAGCAAGGCUGCUGAGGGUCUGAGCCUCUCUGCUAAAUGGUACAUAUACCAUUCAAGGGUGCUAUGAGAUUUGGUGCACACAGACUCCAGACACCAUCACUUCAGUCACUUGACCCUGGCCUGUUGGUGUCUCUUGAAGACUUAUUUGGGAACCAUUGCUGUAAAAGAUGCUCUUCUCACUAAGCCAAGUCUAUGCAUGGAAGCUCCCAGUACCACAGUGUCACCUUGUGGUUAAAGUGAGAAUUUCAAGUUCAAGGCCAGAGCAGCCGAAACUGAAAGCAAAUCUGACUUAGAGAAUUUUUCUAGUUCGGCUAUUUUGAACUUACAUUUUAAUGCACUUUGAAUUCACCUUGAAUUCUCACUUUAGUGCAUAACCCUUUGUGAUGUGAUGUGAUUCUGUGGGUGACUAGAUUUGCCUAUGUAUACAAACAAAAUGCAUCACACGCAAUCCUACAAAAUGUUGGGAGCACCCAUUUUUUUUUUUUUAAGCAAAACAUCUAUGCACUUGCUACCAUAAUUAAUUGCUAAGUAAAAUAUUUUGACCAUUUGAGCUGUGGUAAUUCUACAGAUAGGAAUUGAUGCACUCUGCCAUUUGGAAGCUGCAUACAAUUAAGCAUCUGGGGAACAAGUAGCUUUGUACACCUUAGGAUUAAUCGAACUCCUAUGUCUGUCUCUAAUUUUAAAUGCCUUGGCCCUAGAAUCCUACUUGAGUGAAGCUCUAUAUUGUGUUACAUUCAGUAGAACUUGCAAUGAUUUUGAACAUCUAGUGCCAAAAUGGUAAAAUGAAAAAAAACAAAGUGCUACCAUCAGAAAUACGAGAGGGAAAUAAGUUAAUAUUGGCACUGUAAGGGUUAUAAGAGUAAGAGAUGAGGUUUAUGGAUGUUAAAAAAUGUUUACGGUUAGUGGUACAAUAAUCUCUUUUGAUGUGAUUACAUUAUUAACCCACUGUUGUGAGUACUAAAAAAUUGUGCCCACGCAGAAACAAAUGUAAACUUGUAUAAACUUAUAUCUCUACAGUAGUUUAAUGAGCUCUAAGAUAUAGUACAGCUCAUUGUAUGGUAGCCUGUGUGCUGUCUCAACACUUAACCUAUGCUGCUAAUCCAAAUCAGGUGAUACAAAUAUAAGGUGCUUAUGAAAUGUAUAUUGUGCAUCUGGAAACAAGCAAUGCUGCCGCAAACAAAAUACAAGCAAUAACAUUGUACUAAACUAGACUAAAAUGACUUGUCAUUAAUUGUAAUCUAAUCUAAGCAGUUGCUGUAGCCAGUUUGGUUCCAUUAUUCUAAUUGUAGUCCACAAUGAACGGCAUGGGAUUGCUGAAUUUCUAUGCAUUUUUAUUUCUGCAUCGCUUUGUAGCAGUUUUUAAGCUGUCAGAAAUGUACUUCUUUGUUAGCUUUCAAUAGAGCCUUUUAGAAAAAAUGUAUCUUAAUCAGGUUUGUAAAGUCCUCUAAACAGCAGUUACAAGAUGGACGUCUGUAGAAAAUACUAUGAAUGGAAUUCAAUGCUGGUAUCAGUCACACAAAUCAAUUGAAUUUAAGGCAUUUAUUUAUUUAGCGUAACCCUCUAAAACACCGCACUACUGGUUAAAAACACCCAUCAGCUAUUAAAUGUUUCACAUCUAGACACCCAGGUGACUUGGCCUCCUUGAAUUGGGUCUACUCUUUUCCCAAGUUUAUCAAUGGCCACUAAAACUAUUUUCUAAGGCCAAAAUGCACAGCAUGUACGAUCUGACCAGCAUUGACUCAACCCUUGUGGUUACAUCACUGAAAUGAACUAAUUACAUUAAAACAUAAGGGAUCUGCAAGACCCCCACCUUUAUCAUAAGAACCCCAUGAUAAAUUCCAUUCUGGACUCCACCAGAACUUCCAGUUUCCAAACCCAGUCAUUAAAAAUUAGAACACAAAUAUCUGUUUAGGUGGAACUGUUACUUCUGGAAUGACAUCAUUGAAUAAAACAUUGAAAAUUACCUAGAA